CAUCAAUUACUCGAUCUUUGCAUCUUGCGUCUGUGGUCGUCAGCUGAAAAUUAUCGUGUUUAUGCGUAGGUAUUAAUUGUGUUUAUUUUUAUAUCGCUAGGAAGUAGGAACGUUAGACAAAAUGGCAACAGGAGUUAAGCCUCGUGAUGAAGAAUCUAGCCUCACCAGAACCGAUUUAGAGACGAUACAAGAUGCUAUGAAGAAUAAGAAAUUUCGAGAACUGCUCUCCGAAUACUGCGAGGAAAUACGUGACCCGGCGAAUCAAGCGAUCUAUCAGAAAGAAAUGACCCAACUAGAGAAGGAACGUGGCUACGACGUAACUUUCAUCAAUCCAAAGGGAGGUUAUGUGAUUAAAACAAGCGUCGCAGGCGACAGAAAAGCCUUCAUUAACAUUUGCAGUAAUGAGAACAUCGGCAAACCGUCAUGUAAAGUGCAAGAGAAGAACGGGCAAAAGGGUAUGAAUUGGCAGCUUCCUUAUACAAUAAUUCCACCGAGGGAAGAUUACGAUCUUAAAAAACAACGAUGUGUUAUUUACGACGUAGUAUUCCACCCAGACACACUGCGCAUGGCAGCGGUCAACAAACGAUUCCGGGAGUUGGUAAACAAUACUGCUUUUGAUGGUUUACAAAAAACCUAUAACAUUCAUUUUGACAGCAAUAACUGCCGGUUUCCUAAAUCAAAUUAUAAGGGCAUGACUACACCGGCUGUUAUAAGGAAAGAGGACCCUAACUACAAACCAAUGAUUGAUGAAGAUGAAACAGAAGAGAUUUCACCAGAAAUUAUGGAAAAACUGUACCCCCAGCAUAUAUACCCGGAAGCAAAAGAGCCUAUAGAAGAACAAUAUAAAAAAGAACCUGAGCAACAUAGAAAAAAAGCCAAAAACAGUAAAAAAGAAUUCAGUCAUGCUUCACACAAUGGUUACACAGUACCUAAAUAUGUGAUAAAACAGCAGAAAAAUGUAGACUUGCAAGACUUCACAUAUCAUAAAAAUAGCAAGCGAUAUUCUGUUAUACCAAGUCAUUUAGUUAUUGAGAUUAAUUUGCCAUUAAUAUCUUUUGCUAAAGAUUGUAUUCUAGACGUUCGGGAAAAAUCUCUUAGUUUGAUUUCCGAAAAACCAGCAAAGUAUAAACUCGACCUUGCACUCCCUUAUGCAGUCAAUGAUGAGUGUGGAAAUGCCAAAUUUGAUAAAUUUAAGCAUUCACUAAUUGUGACUCUACCAGUGGUAAGAAGGAAUGCAUCAGAUGAUAAAGCAGUGUUAUUAAGACGUGAUAGUGGUGUGGAAAGUGAAGAAGAGAAUUCUAAUAGUGAUGAAGAAGUAGAGUCUAAAGAAAACCUAAUAGAUGUUAUUUCGUCAAGCCCUGCUGUUUCUUAUUUAUCAUUGAAGAAAAAUGAGCAGAAUCCCUCAUCUGCUGAAGAAUUCCUGCUCCCUACAAUUAGCUACACAUUACCUUCAUAUACAUACAAUGCAUUGGAUUAUGUUGUGGCAUUCACCUUUCAUGUUAAAAACACUGAACCUGAUUCAGUAAAAGUAAAAAAUGAUGAAAAUAAAAUAUUCAUUAGGUUUUCUUCACUUGGAUCUGGUUUUGUACCAAUACAUUAUGCAGCAGUUAUUUUAUUGGAUGAAGGUGUAAAGUUUGAAAAUGCAAUUGGUGAAGCAUGGGAUAAUAAUGUUAUUUUACAGUUAGAAAUAACUGGAGAUAUGAUUAAGAAAUUCCAAAUAGGUUUAAAUGAUAAUGAUAUGAAAACAGAAUAUUUUGAAGUAUCCCAAGCAACAAAAGAUGAUACAUUAAAAGUUACAUUGCCUGAUGAUUCCCACUCAGAGUCAGUGGCUAAACCAUUAGUUGAAGUAACUAGCUUUGGAACUGAAACAAAUAUUGUUGUAUCAUCACCUAACAACAAAACAGAUACUGAAGAGGACACUGAAAAUGAAAGAGACAUAGUCUGGACAGAAUCUAGUACUAUAAAAAAUGGGGCUAAGAGCAUACUACGUAAGCCCAUGAUGAUGCGAAGCUUUUCUGAAUCAAGUGCAGGUGAUGUUGCAUCUUCCAUGGACUAUAUAAGCUCUGAUUGUAUUCCUGAAGAAUCUAGCUUUAAUAAAAAGACGGUUAGAUUUAGUGAUGUUAUUGCAAGGCAGUUUUACAGAUAUAACUCAUCAAUUGAAGGCCAGAAAAAGAAAAACCAACGCAAGAAGAGCAAAAAGCGAAGCCAAGAUCAGCGUAGAAGUGAGAGUGAAGCUGAAGAUGAUAUUUACAACUUAGUCAAGCCGUCGAAACCCCGCCUAAAACCGGCCCUCAAGAAGAGACAUGACAGUGGAGUAGCGGACACUUCAGAUGCAGAAGAGUGCAAGAACAUUAUGUCCGACAGCGACUUGCAAUAUAACAGCAACACUGAUGAAAAUGCUAAUGAAAACUGCCCACUGGACGUCCGUAGGCACAUGUCUUAUUUGAACCUAAUCAACAAUAAUACCGAAAAAAACCCACAACCGGCUGUAUGGACUUCGGAUUUGAGAGUGCACUUAGCAGACACGACACCUUUAAACGGCAGGAAAGCAGAAACACAAAAAAAUGAACCAGUUACAUGUGAUACCAUAAAACACAACACCAAUCUCUAUAACCCAGACAAAUUAAAUAAGGGACAAUACUUAGAAGUCAAAUUUAAAAACGAUCUCAUUUUUGAUCUUGAUAUGUGAGCAUUAAGCUCACAUUGAGAUCUUUGGUUGUAUAAUAAACCUUACAUUAAUUGAUGAAAUUCAUUAAUAAUUUUAGUAAUAACAUCAGUAGAUAUCUAGUUAUCUAGUGCUUACCAGUGAUCUUUAUUGUGUAGGCGUGAGUGGUAAGGUUUAGAAUAGUUUUUCUUUACCUUUUCACUUCAAUUAUGUUCCUUUCCAAAUAGUUUUUUUUAAAUCAGCUAAGUUUAUGGCAAUGGUCUAUAAAAUUCUGCACGAUAGUCGAUUAUAUUAUUAAACAAAAUAUAGUUGAUAUAUGAUAGGCAAUUAUGUACAAGUAUUUGAAAAUUGUUAUGAAAUUUUCUUAUUUUAGGCAAUAUAAAUUAUAAAUCACAUAGAUUAAUACAUAUAAGGGUACAAAUUAGAUUUAUUUGAAUCAAAUGAUAAAGUCUGACAAACUAAAAUUUUAAAAUUCACAUUUUUAAAGUAUGUAAUAGAUUUAAAACAUACAGCUAAGAUAUUUUUUCCUUACCAAUAAGAAAUGUAAAAUAUUAUUAUUUUAAAAUAAUUUUGUUCUUAAAAGGUCUUCACUCCUAUCUUAAAAACCUGAUAAUGAAUUCAAAGAGGUUGAAUAUGGCGGUUUAAUUCUGGAUACAAAUAUAUUAUUAUGAUAGUAGGAUGCUCCAACAAAAUCUAAACUUCCAAAUGAUUGCUAGGCUCACCUAUUUUCGGUAAGAUAUAUUAAAUUUUAAAAUUUUUUGGGUCAAAAUUUUGUUUUUUUUCUUAAAAUGCACCCAUGCCAUGCAUUGAGGCAAACAAAAAAAUAAAAAUAAAAAUUCAACCUGUCCAGCUUUUUUCGAGUUUUAGUGAAAACCUAUAAAUUUUUAUAAAUAAAUGAAGAUUAGUGGUGGUAAGGAUUUUAAGAUACGAGAAUGUAUGAAACUGACAUAAUUAAGAUAUAAUUAGUCUGAUCUGGAGUUACGCAGGUACAGACUACUGUCACUGCCCCGCUGAAAUCCAUUUUUGUACAUUGCCGACAUGCCAGAUUGGAAUGUUAUAAGCAAAUCAAUUGUGGUAUAAUCAUCUUCUCUAGUAUAAUGUCUUUCGUCUACAAUAGUGUUUAAAGAAAUAGUUUUAAUGAGUAGUUUUUUUUUUAUUAUUAAGGCAUAUUUCAGGGAGAACUAUGUCGCAGUUAUUUGUGCAAAAUUUUUGUCAGUGUUUUUUACGGAACUAGAUCACAGCAUUAACCUUAGCUGUUGUCAUAAGCCAUGCAUUUAAAUUUAUUUUAAUAUGUUAGUAUUAAACUUGUGUUUUAGUAUAACUUAUAAUAAUUAUGUUGAGUCAGAAGUUUGAAAGUAAAAUAUGUGAUGUUUCGAAUAUUAAUUUAAUAGAUGAAAUGGAAAUUAA